CGGCAAACAUCGCGGCGCUUCGUGUCAGGUCGUAGCCUAAGGCAUAUCUCUUCUUUUUUCAAGUUAUCACCCACAACAUGCUCAACAACACAAUACUAUUGUCUGAUGGAGGACUCGGCACUACUCUAGAGGAUCACUUCCAUCUCCCGAUCUCGCACACCCCAUUGUGGUCAGCGCGGAUCAUCCUUGAUGCACCAAAUACCCUGCAACAAGCCCAUCUUGCGUUCCUCGAGGCUGGAUCAAGGGUCCUCCUCACUGCGACCUACCAGGCUGCAUUUGAAUCGUUCGAGCGCGCAGGAUACUCUCAUGAAAUCGCUACUGAGUCUAUGCGUAAUGCCGUUCACAUAGCGGACCAAGCCAGACAUCAAUUUUGUAAGGAACACCUCGACAUCAGUCCGAAGGAAAUCCAUAUCGCACUCUCCCUUGGUCCCUUUGGCGCUGUACUUGCCCCUAUGCAAGAUUUUGGUGGGAUUUACCCUCCUCCGUAUGGGCCGCGAGCCUACAGUGACUCAGAUGAAAAUACGACUUCCUUCGGGGAUGACAUUGAAGCAAAGAAUAACUCCGUGAAGGCAUUGACACGCUUUCACGAGGAUCGACUUCGGGUAUUCACGUCUGAUAAAGAGACGUGGGACAAGGUCGACUUUAUCGCGUUUGAGACGGUGCCGCUGGUGAGGGAGGUGGAAGCGAUCAGGCAAGCAAUGGACAAUAUGAAAGAGAUUAUCAGUCCCAAGCCCUGGUGGAUUACCGCAACGUUUCCCAACGGCAAGUAUCCAGACACUCGGCAACCUGGAGGGGAUCGCUAUACCCCUACCGAAGCGGCCAUCGCUAUGAUACGCCAGGACAACGAACUACCAGUACCAAAUGGUAUUGGAAUCAAUUGCACAGCGCUCAAGUAUAUCCCGGAGUUACUUCAAGAAUUUGAACGGGCGAUGGACGGGAAUAGGAAACUGUUUCUAGUUUUGCACCCGAACGGAGGUGGCGGAUUUGAUUUGUCUACUCAAGCAUUCCGAGAACCCGAGGAGAAUGAUCGAUGGGCAGAGGAUCUGGCCAGCCUCGUCAAAGAGGCCAAAAAGAGGGGAUGGAACGAGAUCAUCUUCGGCGGUUGCUGUAAAACUGGGCCAAGUGACAUCAAGGCUCUGGGGGAGGCGUUCAGUAAGGAGUAGGUUAGGGCGUGGCAAAGCUAAACCGCGGCCUUUGUUGGUCGAUCAGUGGUAAUUGACAUACUUUGGCUGAUCCUGGUAAGUAGAAUGAUGGAGGGUUCUUGCCAGUGACUCGGAGGUGGAUAAAAUAGGCAUCCCCAUGUACUUGCCAUAUCAGCCAACAAAAGAAAAAGAAACCCAAAAGGGCAACAGAGGGGCAGUGUCGAUUGAGCAGUGUUUCAACACCAUCUA